AUGGCUCGAGGACGACAGCAGCCUAGCGAGCCAUCCGACUUCGAAAAGCAACGACUCGCGAACAUUGCUGAGCGAGACGCCCUCCUUAAAAAGCUGACGCAAGAAGCGCAGCAAGCGGGCCUCUAUUCCAAUGCGCCGUCGGCCGGCACGCAACAUGGCCAGAAGCGAACCUCCAAGCCCAAGGGCCCACCGGCCAAACGAGUGAAGAAGGAGGCUGUGGAAGUCGUCCCUCGUCGCACAUCCUCCCGAUUGGCGGGUAUCCAAGCGGACAGCGAAGUUGCGCGGCAGAAAGCAGAGGUGCAAUACGAACAACAAAGGGAGGUCGAGAGGCAGAAGAGACAACGUGUCACGGGCGACCUCAACUUCGCGACCGAUGGGACGGGUCUGAUUGGCACGGACGUGAUCCUCAAGGGCGUCGCCAAACCGUACGAGCGCACCUUUGACGAACAGGAUGUGCGGGCGACGACGGACAAGGACCUCAAGGCGCUGCGGGAGAAGAUGAGCGCGUUGGCACUGUGGGAUCAAUGGGAGCCGAACCGCAUCAAGAUCACGCCGGAGAGGAUAUACACUAUGGCGUUUCACCCGACGACGUCAAAGCCCAUCGUCUUUGCCGGCGACAAGCUCGGGACACUGGGAAUCGUGGACGCCUCGCAGCAAGGAGGCACGAACGUCAAAGAGGAAGAAGCAGGGGACGACGAUGAAGAAGCACAGGAGGAGGCACAGUCCGAUCCGCAAAUCACGCAUAUCAAACCCCAUACUCGCACCAUCACCGCGAUGCACAGCCACCCAUCAAAACCCCAGACUCUCUACACAUCCUCGUAUGACUCCUCGAUCCGGGCGACCGACCUCUCCAAAUCGGUGGCGGUGGAGGUGUACGGCCCCUCGGAUCGAGAAGAGGACGAGCCCAUCUCCGGCGUCGACAUGUCCGCAACGGACCCGCACACGUUGUAUUUUACCACUCUGAACGGCGCGUUUGGCCGGCACGACACGCGCCAGCCGCCUUCUGCGUGCGAGCUGUUUCAGCUGUCGGAGAAGAAGAUCGGCGGGUUCAGCCUACAUCCCCUGCUUCCGCACUACGUGGCCACGGCGUCCCUCGAUCGGUACAUGCGGCUGUGGGAUCUGCGCAAAGUGACCAAGAAGCUGCCCACGCUGGUGGGCGAGCACGAGUCGAGACUAAGUGUCAGUCAUGCGGCGUUCAAUACCGCCGGGCAAGUGGCGACCACGAGCUACGACGACACGAUUAAGAUCCAUUCGUUUGGCGUGGGGAAGCAUGCGAAGAAGGGGGCACAGGCGCUGGAGGGCAUGAGCUCCUGGGCAGCCGGCUUUCAGCUGGAGGAAGAAGCCAUGAAGCCGGAGGUCGUGGUGCGGCAUAACAACCAGACGGGUCGAUGGACGACCAUCCUCAAACCACGUUGGCAGACAUAUCCCGAAGACGACAUCCAGAAGCUGGUGGUGGGGAACAUGAACCGAUUUGUCGACGUCUACGCCGCCAAUGGGGAUCAACUUGCGCAACUUGGCGGCGAAGGUAUCACCGCUGUCCCGGCGGUAGCCGUCUUCCACUCUUCCAAGGCCUGGAUUGCUGGGGGUACGUCGAGUGGGAAACUGUGUUUGUGGAUGUAG